UAUUUUAAUCAUACAUCGUGUUGAGUGAUCAAGUUGGAGUCCUACCACUUCUUGCGGAUGUCAAUCUAAUUUAUAUGCUACCAUUCGCCUUAGAAAAAAACUGUGAUAAUGGAGGACGAUUCUAGAAUCAAUCUUGAAGUUCAGUAUGAUUAUUUGUUCAAGAUAUUGUUGAUCGGAGACUCAGGUGUCGGUAAGUCGUGCUUGUUGCUUCGCUUCGUCGACGACUCGCACCGAGAGAGCUACCUCAGUACUAUCGGAGUGGAUUUCAAAAUUAAAACUAUUGAGUUGGAUGGCAAAAUCAUUAAACUACAGAUCUGGGACACAGCUGGCCAAGAACGGUUUCGAACAAUUACAUCAUCAUACUACAGAGGUGCCCAUGGUGUAAUGAUUGUCUAUGACAUCACAAAGAGAGAGUCGUACAACCACUUACACAAAUGGUUGAUAGAAAUUGAAACCUAUGCAUCUGAAGGGGUUCUUUCGAUUCUGGUUGGCAACAAAAUAGACUUGGAAAGUGAUCGAGAAGUGUCUACAGAAACUGGCCAAGAAUGGGCUACGACGCAUGACAUGCCAUUCAUUGAGACCAGUGCAAGAGAUUCUAAGAAUGUUAAAGAUGCCUUUCAUCUUUUAGCAAGACUCUUGAAUAAACAUAUAGUUGAAAAUGAUACUGGGAGAAGAGGACUUGUUGUGGGAGAAAAUGGGACUAUUCUUCCUGGUCAUAAUGUGGAAAAUAAUUCGAAAUGCUCUUGUAAUUAAUGAAAUAAAUGGGACAUUAGUUUACAAUUAUUUUAUAAUAAUUGGUAAAUACUACUCUUAAAAUAUCCAUGUGUAUGCAUAUAGCUUUUCAUACGGCUAUAAUUCUUGAAGAAAAUCCAAGCAUUGUGCUUGAUGCACAAUGCGGAUUGCAAAGUGAAUGGUAAAUUCACGAUUGUUAAAAAUUAGAGUGUUCAAAGUGUAAUAUUUUUUGUAUGUUAGCUGUUAUUCAGUCUAUAAUUUAGAAAACUCAAAAGGAAAGGAAAUACCCUUACUAUAACUGUAGAAACUUUUAAAGUUAUUUUACUUCAUAUUCAAAUAUUUGCGUCAUGGUAAAAAGGGGAAAGAAUAGAUAAAUAGCUGAAUCCAACUAGAUUUGAAUGUAAAACAUGGUUUGAUAACUGCUUUUAUUGCCAGCUGUACUGGAAAUUAUCAUUGCUCUUUACAACAGCAUUUUUUAUUGGUAAUACUCAUAACGUAACACUGCAACUACUCGCAACAAUGCAGCAUAAUUAAUGGCACUUUAACAUGAUUUUGUUGUCAUCUUUACUGCACCUUUAAAAUUAUUUCUGCCUGGAAUUAAUUAACACAAUAUUUUCUAGGAAUAGAGUACCAAAGUGAUGAUGUCACAAAAUUAUUCUUUAAGAACUUUAGGAUUUUGGUGAAAUAAUUUGAGAAAUUGUAUGAUUUCAGGAUCUUAAACCAAAUAUCUUUAGUUUUACAGAUCGCAACAACCUUAAAGUUGGCCAAAAUGUGGGCAAUGUUGUGUGGGCAAUGUUGUUACUGUUCCAAAUGAUAUGUUCUCAUUUGAACAUUUCAAAACUUAAACACAAAAUUUGGAAUUUGAUGACAUCACAACUAAGGACUCUAUUCGAUAAUUAUGUAAAAAUUUAAAUAUGUGACAUUUUGAAAAAACAUGGAAAUAAUGACUUGUGAUAAUUAGCCUUUCCAAGAUUAAGGGGAAAAACUGGGUCAAUUUGGAAUCGCAGUGCAUUGUGGGACCGUUUUAGGGGGCAAUUAUUUCCAAAAUGGCGUCUAUUUGGUCCCCUCAAACAUACCAAUAAUGCACUUUAAUGCGAUCUCAACCCAGUUUUUUUCUCAACCUUGGAACGGCAAUGCUCACUUCAAAUAAUUUCACCACUGGGGGAAUUCAUAUACACAAAAAGCAACAUGCUUGAUAUCUGUAUGUAUAUAAGGCCUAUAGAGUUAUUAUAUUUUGUGUAAUAUUAAUUUAAUGUAUUUUAGUCCUGAAACAUAUAAACUAUUAUUUUWAAAAAUUAAGAGAAAAAUAUCGAGUGAAUUAUUUUUCUUCCAAGGCUAUGGGAUAGUUAGGUAAUAUUUAAAGUAGACAGAGCAAAAAUAAAUUAACAAGAGAGUAAGCUAAAAAUCAAUAGACAUUUAUCAAAUUUGCUUGAGUCACCACAAAACAAAAGUAUGGAAACAAGUCAAGGUUCAACUUGAUGUGUUUUUACUUACUGUAUAUAUUAAGUUCGUCCUCUACUUAACGAUAAAAUAUUAAAAUAGAUUAAAACCAUCAAAAUAAAUAAUU